CGUUGCCGUUCCUUUUUCCUCAAACGUCUGGCAGCCGCUAGUAAGGAGGGAAAAAGUUAUUAUAACGCCAAAAAUUCUUGAACCGAAUACAAACUACACAUAGUAACCAAUGGAAAGUGAGUUUUCGUUGUGCACAAUUGAUAAAAACUCGGAACACAUAUACAGGAAGUGUGAAUAAACGAACUGUACUUGUGGUACCUGUGACCUAUGUUAAAUUAUACGACAGCGGCAACUGAGAAUGAAAAAAAACUCUUCUAGAGACAAGCGCAAACAGCAACCGAUCAUUCCUCGUAGACGAAACCGGGGUGAUAGUGGAUCUGAUGUGGACCAUGAAAAUGAUAGAAUGCAUGUGAAGCAAGGCCUCGAUUCGGUGAAAUCCAGCUCGAACGUGAAAUCUGGUGAAAAUUCAACUCCUGCUGGGCUGCUGGAAAACGGUGCAUCUAUCAGUGGUGAACCGGCUGUGGGCGAGAAUCUAUCACCCGUAAAUGAACAAAACUCGUCAACUCUCGUGGAUUCUACGACGGAAGAAACAAAACAGGCUGUGGGGGAAAAUCCAUCACCCCUAAAUGAACAAAACUCGCCAGCGCUGGUGGAUUCUACGACGGAAGAAACAAAACAGGCUGUGGGGGAAAAUCUAUCACCCGUAAAAGAACAAAACUCGCCAUCACUGGUAGAUUCUAGGACGGAAGAAACAAAACAGACGAUAAGAUUGGUAUCGCUAGAUAAAUUGCUCCGGCCAAGUUUAGUUGGAGUAGAACUACCACCGGUAGUAUCACCUGCAAAAUCGAAUAAAAACAUCAGCAUUAUCGAACUCAGCGACGAUACGGACGAGGAAAAUCUAGAGCAACACGUUAUUAAGAAUCCAACGAAAAAUGCUGAUAAAGACGUAAUUGUAUCGCCCGCCAAAAAAAAUCAUAAAAAAGAAAGCAUUGCAAAAGUAGCAACCCAUCACACGAAGGAAGUGAGCGUCGUUGUCAAACGGUUACCGACGGAUUUCAGUGCUUUAAAGGCGACUUACGGGUUGACUGAGAUUCUUGACCAUCACAACCGUCCAAUCGAAAAGUUUGUGUCUACCAGCAAUCGGUUCCGUGUCAGUGUCACUAGAGGUAAAGCUAGUAAAAAAAGAAACAUGGCCAAUGAGGAUGAACAACAAGCGCAAGCAGGUAAUAGCAAGCGGCAAGUAAACGGUGUAGAAAAUAAAGCGGAAUCGGAUGUCGAAGCUGACACACGAAAUGAUAGUGAUUCGGAUGCACCGACUACCCGGAACCGAAACAAAUCGAAAAACAGCAUUCCAAUAGAGCGAACACGUUUUAAGAACACAAGAAAUAUGCGAAAGAGACGGGCUGUUAGCGAUAGUGAGGAGGAAAAAGAUACAGGGAAGUCGUCACCGGCGGCUAUUUCACCGGCGGCUGGCAAUUCGGAAGAGGAAAAGGAAAGUGGUAGCGACUUUGAAAUUGCUAAAAGCAAUUCAGCCGUUAGCAGAAAUCUGCGUGCGGCUCAACGUUCGAAAAGAGCAGCAACUUCCAGCGCACAACCAGCGGAAGAAGCAAGCAGUGAUGAUGAGAGCAAAAAGGAGAAAAAUGACUUUCAAACACGCAAGAAGCGGACCAGAAUUCGUAGGAACUCUUCAUCGUCUUCUGGCGACGAUGGAAAGCCCCGUUCGAAAAGAAAAAGGGCAAAACGCAUCGAAAAGAAAAAAUCCGAUGGCGAUAGUGAUGCUGAUUCGCCCAACAAGGGACGCAAGAAUAUACGCAAACUGCUGAAGAAAAAAGAUCUGGAUGAGACAACCAAGAAUGCAGAGCAAGAAGAACGCGAGCGGAAACAGCGCAUUGCGGAGCGACAAAAGCUUUACAAUCAGGUGUACGACGAGAAGCCGGAAGUGGCGACUACGCUCGACCAGCUGGUGCUUGAUUUUGACGCAGACACAAAGGAACCGCUGCUCGAGGUGGAUAAAAAGUUGGUGAAGAUGCUGAAACCCCACCAGGCCAAUGGGAUAAAGUUCAUGUUUGACGCUUGCUUCGAAAGUCUCGAGCAGAUGAAGGAGAACAAAGGUUCCGGUUGCAUAUUGGCGCAUUGCAUGGGUUUGGGCAAAACGUUGCAGGUAGUGACGCUAACGCAUACGUUGCUUGCCAACGCAGAUCUGACCGGUGUGGAACGUAUCCUGAUCGUGUGUCCACUGUCGACGGUGUUAAACUGGGUGAAUGAGUAUCAUAUGUGGAUGAAGCACGUGAAAAAAGGUACCGAGGUAGAGGUGUACGAAAUAUCAAAAUACAAAGAUAACGUCACGCGUGCGAACAAGCUUAUGGAAUGGCACAAUGAGGGCGGUAUAAUGAUAAUGGGAUACGAUAUGUAUCGCAACCUGGCCAAUCCUACCGCAACUCGCAUACGGAAGAAGGUACGCGAAUCGUUGCAGACUUCGCUUAUCGACCCGGGACCGGAGCUUAUCGUGUGCGAUGAGGGGCACUUGUUAAAGAACGAGAAAACAUCUCUCUCGCAAGCGGUAAACCGAAUCACUACGAUGCGAAGGAUCGUUCUAACUGGUACACCUAUACAAAACAAUAUGAAAGAAUAUUACUGUAUGGUGCAGUUUGUGAAACCCAAGCUGCUUGGCACCUAUUCCGAGUACAUGAACCGGUUCGUGAAUCCCAUUACGAACGGACAGUAUACCGAUUCGACCCCGUACGAUAUCCAGCUGAUGCGCAAACGAGCGCACGUGCUGCACAAGCUGCUUGAUGGAUGCGUUCAACGCAGAGAUUAUUCAGUAUUAGCUCCCUUUUUACCACCAAAGUUGGAAUUUGUGGUAUCGAUCAAGCUAACCCCGCUACAGAGCACCCUCUACAAGUACUUUAUGGAAAAUCUGGCCGGCAAACGACUUAUAGAUGAUCCGACACAGAAGCGAUCUUCCAUGUUGUUUACUGAUUUUCAGAAUCUGCAACGUAUCUGGACGCAUCCGCGGGUGUUACGGUACAACAGUGAUCGAUAUGAAAUUAAACAGCAACGAAAGCGUGAUUUGGAUAGCGAGAAUGAAUCCGGCAGUUCCAUGAAGGAUUUCAUUGCUGACGAAGAAAGCGCCGAAUCGACCCCUGAAUCGUCCGAUGAUGAUUCCGACGUACAGUCCGUACACGAUGAAAAUAGCAACAGUGAAAAAAGCUCCGGAGAAACUUCGAAAGACAGAUCGAAAGCAGUUGGCACUCGCCGUACUAGAAAUAAUCCACUAUUCGCAAAUGAAUUGUUGGAAGAAACAGCUGCAGAGAAGCCAGAUAAUCCAACGGAAUGGUGGAUGCAGAUGUGUCCGGAAAGUGAGCUUGACAAUCUCGAACACUCCGGAAAGUUGGUCAUUUUGAUGGAAAUUCUGAAGGAAUGCGAAGCGAUCGGUGACAAACUGCUGGUAUUUUCACAGUCUCUGUACUCGUUGGAUAUAAUAGAACACUUUCUCGCUCUGCUGGAUGAAAAUAUGCAAAAAAACGAAGAGGACAGAGACGAGAAGCUGAGCAAAUAUUCUGCAUCGUGGUCGCUGGGUUUGGAUUAUUUCCGUUUGGAUGGAUCAACAUCGAUCGAUCAUCGGAACGAUGCGUGUAAAGUGUUUAAUGACGAGAGCAACACACGAGCAAGAUUGUUCCUUAUUUCAACGCGAGCUGGUGGACUGGGUAUAAAUCUUGUUGCCGCCAAUCGGGUGGUUAUAUUCGACGUAUCCUGGAAUCCUUCGCAUGACAUUCAGAGCAUAUUCCGGGUGUAUCGAUUCGGCCAGAAUAAACCCUGCUACAUAUAUCGAUUCAUUGCGAUGGGAACAAUGGAGGAGAAAAUCUACGAACGACAAGUUACAAAGCAAGCUAUCUCAAAGCGUGUCAUAGACGAGCAGCAAAUUGAUCGGCACUACAAAGAAAACGAUCUUCAGGAGCUGUAUCGGUACGACGUAGAUACAAGCGAGCCACGACCGGUGCCUAACCUUCCAAAGGAUCGUCUAUUCGCCGAGCUUCUCAAACAGUUCGAUACGUUGAUCUACAAAUACCAUGAGCACGAUUCGUUGUUGGAGAACAAAGAGGAGGAAACGCUUAACGAAGAAGAACGCAAGGCAGCAUGGGAAGAGUUUGAACAGGAGAAGAAUCGGCCCCCGAUGCCGACAUACGGUACCAGCGGCUUAGGUCUUGGUGUUGGAAUGGCCGGAAGAAUGCCUGGGCCGCUUACAUCCAACACAACGUACGGAUUCCGGAACGAUGUGCUGCUUAAGCUGUUAAACAUAAAGGCACGGGAGGAUAAUCCAACAUUCAACGAUGCCACGAUUAAUGCUAUGAUACCAUAUUUAAUGCAACAGCUAACACAGCAAAUGAGAGAAGGGGAAUUAACGAUGUACAGAAGCUUGUGGGAGCUUUACUAUAAGCUGGAAGUUCCAUCCACUAACCAGCAGUAUGCAAUGGGGUACAACGCACUACAACCUGGUAUGGUAGGACAGAUGACGCAGCAACCUCUCAUUGGUCAGCAACCAAUGAUGAGUGUUAUGGGUAUGGAUCCAAGUGUGCCCUAUCAGAUGAAUCCGGCUCAAACAGGCGUAAGACCGGCGUUAGCAACAAACUUUUCGAUGUCGCAAGAGCCCGGAAUCAGCGGGAUCAAUAGAUUCGAUACGAUUGGUGGUGGUACUGGCAUCAUUACCGGCACCACACUCAAGGCAAAUCCAGGCCCUAUCACUAUCGAUCCCAACGUAGUUGAGCUUGAUUAAAAUAAGCGAUUCAAUUGGAUAUACCCCAGCAGUGGUGAUCUCUAGAUAUUGACUUCUGCUUCGAAUAUUGGAUUUUGCGACAUGAGCAAUGGAACUUAGUUUCGUGCAGUACUCACUAGCGGGCGUACUGCUGAAUUUAGAAUUUAUUCAUAACACACAUUAGCUGUUUAAAUAAAGACAUUUUCUAAUCCCCUUAA